AUGUUCUCUUCGUGGGGAGAGCACGGCCCUAAAAGCAGUUCUAAUGUCAAGCAAGUGCAAAUUAUUAUCGAUCGGUUAAGUUUUCAAUUUGCGGGGCCCCCAUCAUUAUUAAACAUUCAGAUGUCUUUACGCGCAGGUCAGAAGGGCAUACAAAUUCUCGACUCCUUGAUAAUCGUCCAUACCAAUGGCAUAUGUGCAAUUACCAGAUCGCGGCUCGAGAAGGUACAGGAAAUUCACGUUUCUGUGUUGAAUGCCUUGGCAGCUUUUCUAGCGAGACCUUGUAGUGUCUCAUCAUUUGUGGCACACUCAAUGAAGGACAACUGCCAGAUGCCGUGGGAGGAAACGUGGGGAAAGACUCUUUACAUCCUUGAUAUUGAUCACUGGGAAUCACCGACAACAAUGAAGUGUUGUGGUGGAAUGCAUUCAAUUCAUGCAGCAAAAUAUGUUGCCAUCAAUAGGGCCUCUACUCGAUGCACAAAUUUGAUGCGUGUGUGGCAGAUGGCCUCCGGAUUUUCAAUCGUUACAUGCCGAGUACCCGUUCUGGCUGGCCCCAAAUUUUCGCUGUGA